AUGAUUACUAACCAUAUAAGUUCGUGGACUCCUCCUCCUAGAAACUGGCUGAAAUGUAACAGUGAUGGAACAUGGCACAAAGAUAGAGCCACCAGUGGUUUAGGCUGGAUCUGCAAAGAUGAGAAUGGUCAUGUAAUAUGGGUAGGGACGAGAGCUGUGACAAAGGCGGCAUCAUCUAUUCUUGCAAAGGCAGAAGCGCUUAAAUGGGGAGCAGAGACAAUGGCAAGUUUUGGCUAUAACAACAUCAUCUUAGAGUCUGAUUCUCUCGCUCUGGUCAGGAUGAUCAAUGGGUCUGAGGAAGUCUGGACGGUCCUGCAACCAACUAUAGAGGUGAUCCAUUCGACCUUAUCACAUAUUCAGAGCUAUCAAGUUAGGUUUUCUUUGAGAGGUAGAAAUAAGGCAGCUGAUAGAAUAGCAAAGGAGUCUUUCACUUUUGUGUCCAGUUUCCUAAGUUAUAUUUUGUACCAUUAUGGCUGA